AUGGCAGACAUAACAGCCGAGACAGUUGGAAAGGCAUUAAUAUCGUGGAUAUCCAGAUUUGGAUGCCCAACCGAUAUUGUCACUGAUCGUGGUCGACAGUUUGAAUCGUCACUUUUCCAGUACCUUGGAAAGAUGAUUGGAUUCAAGCAUCGUAGAACAACCGCGUAUCAUCCAUCUUGCAACGGCCUAGUGGAACGAUUCCACCGUCAGUUAAAGGCAGCCAUAAUGUGCCACGCUGAUAGCAAUUGGGUAGACACGCUGCCUCUGAUACUAUUGGGCAUUAGGAGCUCAUUUAAGGAGGACCUUCGAACAUCAUCGGCCGAAUUAGUUUACGGCGAGCCUUUACGUUUACCAGGCGAAUUCUUCCAAGCCGCAGCUCCCGGCUCAAUAGAUAUAUCGGACUUUACCACCCAACUGCGGCAAAUAACAUCAAAGCUGCAACCCUCACCUGCUGCGCGUCACAAUAAAUUAAAGAUUUUUAUACACAAGGACUUAUUUGCGUCAAAUCAUGUAUUUUUAAGGGACGAUGCAUUACGUGGCUCAUUGCAGCCCCCUUACACUGGUCCGUACCAAGUAUUAGAGCGUAAUGCGAAAACAUUCAAAAUAUUAAUAAAGGGUAAAAGCGUCACGGUAUCCAUAGACCGUCUAAAACCGGCCUACAUGCUGAUUGACCCAGCUUCCAACCCUAUCCCUAAUCCCACUCUCACAUCCGACCCCAAUUUCGGUUCCUUCCUUGAUCAAUGUCCCAAAGAGCUUAAUACUCCAGCUCAGGAUGACGUCAGAAGGACGCGUUCAGGUCGCACAGUUCGAUUUCCAGAUUUUUAUCACCCGUAG